UACAAGCGUUUUUCUGCACAAGACUUCUUCACGCGCACUUACGUGAAUAGCAUUGUGGGAUUGUCGUCUGCACAAGUCAAAGAGGAAAGAAGACAGUUUCAGAUAUCCUUGUCUAUUAUUCAAGAUACACUAUGGCAUGCACAGCCACUCUACAGAGACCCCAGGAGAAAACUAAUACGUGGUCUUCAAUAUUUCCAAAUGAGCAAGUUACUGAACAACAAUCAGCAUUGUUUGUUAAGAAGCUGCUUGCAGUUGCAAUUUCCAAUAUUGCAUACCUGAGGGCAAUUUUCCCAGAACAUGCUUUUGGCGAUAGAUGCCUUGAAGGUUUAAAUCUCAAAAUUAUGAGAGAUGACAGUGCUUGUCCAGGUGCCUCCCAAGUCAUUAAGUGGGUCAAGGGCUGCUUUGAUGCUGUUGACAAGAAAUAUUUGAGAAUGCUUAUUAUGGGGAUAUAUUUGGACUCAGAAGAUCCUGAUACAGUCAUUGAAUCUUACACCUUCAAGUUUUCAUACAAAAACUCUGCAGAAAUGGAUGUCUACAGAAAUGAAAAGAAAAUAGCGAGUACAGACUCGGUUUUGGAGACUAAGAAGGCUACUAUUAGGCUUUUGAGGACAAUGGUUGUAUUGACUCAGACACUGAAAUCUUUACCAGAUGAUGUGAUGCUGACCAUGAAGCUUCUCUAUUAUGAUGACUAUACACCAGCAGAUUAUGAGCCCCCAGGUUUCAAGCCAGCACAGACUGACACAUUUGUGUUUGAUGAAGAGCCCAUGAACAUCAAGGUCGGAGACGUGUCUACUCAAUUCCAUACAAUAAAAAUGAGGAUAAAAACAGACAGUAAACAGUUUGAAUUGAAAGAUGACCCAGCUGAAGUAGGGGAUAAAGAAAAUGUUGAGGGCCAAGCACAGGAAGAGGAUACUUGUAUGGUGGAAUCGGAAAAGGAAGAAAUGGAGCAAGAGGAGCAAGAAGUUCAGGAAUGUAAGAGUGAUGUUUACUCCUUCAUUAAUGAUGAUGUCCAAACAGAAAAAGUGCCUCUUCGAGGGAAGCAGUCUAAAAAGUGCCAUACACCAGAUGCCGUAGUUCCUACAGAAAUGCCUGCUAUGCCUGGUUCAACAGACCGAGCUAUUGAUACAACUGGUUCUCAGAAGAGUCAGAUAUCAGUUCAAGAUGAGGACUUGGGAGUGCGUUGCCCUUGUGGAUGCUAUGAGGAUGAUGGAUUAAUGAUUCUGUGUGCUAUCUGUAAUGCAUGGCAGCAUGGAGUUUGCUUCCUCGUACAGUCUGAGAAUGAUGCUCCCACACGACACAUCUGUGACAUCUGUGGAGAGCCAGGAAAUCAAGAAAAAGAACCAACAGAUCCAUAUCUCAAUACUUUAUCAUCAAUUGGAGUACAGGCUACUUGUCUGUGGAGAAGGGCCUUGAUGGCUACUUCAGAGAUGAACAGGGUGAUUGGACCAAAUCUGGCUAGAAGGCUUGGUGUGGAGAUGGCUGUGGCUCAAGGUCUUAUGAACAGAUUAGAAAAGGAAGGGUUCAUUCGCAAUGCAGGGAAGGGGAAAAGACUUGGAAAAAUUGUGGAAAAGAGCAAGAUUUUGAAUGAAGGUAUACCAAGAUACUUCAAAAAGAAAACCUGUCAACACAAAGAACAAAGUGAGAAAACACUGACACCUAAAGAGGAUAUUCCGAUUUCUCAGCUAACUGAGAUGGCAGAGGGCAUCAGUCUUUCAAGGAAGAAGAAAGGGAAAAAGAACAAGAAGAAGACAACAGUAGCACCUGUUGAAGAGGUGAGAUGCAGUCCUAGACUUUCCAUUGAUAUGAAUGAAGAAGAGGAAUUUACAGCACCAGUCCCUACAAAGAAAGGAAGGAAAAGGGCAAUCUCCAAGGUGGAUGGGAAUCACGAAUUCGAUGUUUGUGAUAGUCAAGAUGUGUAUGAUGAGCCAAGAACAAGUAAGAGGAAAGCAAGCAUUGUCUCAAGGGAAAUUAUGGUGUGAUCAAGCAGAACAUUAAGCAAGGAAAGCAAGAUUGAAUUAAAUACAAAAGAAGAGGUGUUCUAAUUUGCUAAACUGUAACAUCAGACUUUUCAGAUUUUAUUGAAAGUGUAUAAUGAUUUAAUAAGCAAUGUCAAUCAGUUUUAUAGAAGAUUGUGACAUUUCAAUGUGUUAUGUACUACUCUAAGAUUUCUGAGUUUACAUGUGAUCAAUUCAGAAGAACUUUGUAAGAAUGGAAUUCAUAUAUAUGUAGUCCGUUUAGUUUCUUGUUUUAAAUGUUAGAUUGUAUUAAUUUAAUCAUUUCGUUUCUGUGAUCAUCAUGUGCCAAAACUAUUGACUACCUGUUAUUCUGUUACUCAGGUAUUUUCUGGGAAUUACUGUUGAAACAUACUGUGAUAUUAUGGUUAUCCACAUUGUGUUUGUUAUUGUUAAUAAAUUUGUU